AAACAAACAUGCAAAACUCGUCCGAAUCCCAGGAAGCCACACAGACGACUACGAGAAGGUCGACGGGAUGGUGUACACGGGCGACGCCGAUCUCGUAAUCAAAAGCACGGAUGCGGACAAGUGCGCCUACCAUUGUUCGAACGUUACCGCCAUCACGUGCAGGUCAUUUGACUACUGUCAGAAGGAACGUAUGUGUUACUUAUACGAACAGCGAACCAUUGACAUGCCACCCGAGUUGAUCAAUCAUACGGUGCCUGACUGCUCACACUAUAGCCGCGACGCUCUGGUUGAUUUCAAGAAGCACGAGAACCAGGUGUUGGAAGGAAGUCGAGACAGGUAUCUCAAGUUUGUCUCAGCCUCGUAUUGUGCACAGGUUUGCGAAGACGAGCCAGACUAUGGUUGCAACGGGUUCGACUAUUGCGAGCAGCCCGAUGACAUCACCUGCUUCUUGACGUCAGACCACUACACUGACGAAGGAGUCGAGAUCGGGAAUUCCCCGACCUGCUCGCAUUACUCACGCGAGUAUUACGAUGGGAAGGACAUGAACGCUUACGCCCACAGCAGGAGUAGCAAAUAUAUUUACGGUCCAGGUGACAUGGCCGGCCUGGCUUGCUCUAUGUUGGUGAUCUCAAUCGCGGCAACUUUCGGUGGAGUCUAUGCCUAUAACAAAUACUUCAAGAAAUAAAUCUUCUUUGAUAAUUUAACUGAUAUAUUGUUCUUCGACUCGAGAACAAAUAUUCGGGUUAAUUAUACCAUAGAGAUUUAUUUUGUACAGCACUAUAUGUACUCAGAACUAUACAUAUGUACACUAAAUAUUUUGAUAAACAUCUUUGUAAUUUAGAAUAAUGUACAUUUAAUUAGAUAAAAGAGAUUCUUUUGGAUAAUUUAGUCACAAUUUUUUUUUUUUUUUGUAAUAUUAUGAUUGUAAACUCUACGGAAAUUAGAUCUGACUUACAUGUAUGUAAAUCCAUUUUUGUAUCGUGAAUAUUUUGAUUAUAUAAACACUAAUUGUGUCUGUU